AUGGCAGAAACGCUCACCUUUCCCGCGCCCGCAGCGGCAUCUCUCGAACGUCACCUCCCACCCCGAGAUGGGCCAGCGCCCAAACGACCCUUCGUGACGCUGACAUUCGCCACGUCUCUCGACUCGGCGCUGUCUCUCGCGCCAGGCGUCCGCACGCACCUCUCCGGGCCGGGCUCCAAGGCCAUGACUCACUACCUGCGGUCUCGACACGCCGCCAUCCUCGUCGGCGUCUCGACCGUGCUCGCCGACGACCCCGGUCUGAGCUGCCGCCUCCACGGCUCAGCAUCCCAACCGCGCCCAAUAGUCAUUGACCCGCGCCUCAGAUGGACGCCCCGCUCGACGGAUCAAGUAUUCGAGGUCUGCCGGUCCGGCGCUGGCCUCGCACCCUUCAUUCUGACUGGUCUGUCCGAAGCCGAGAUACCCCCGGAACCAGCCCGUCUGUUACAGCAGCACGGCGGGAAAUACAUUCACAUCGCACCAGACACGUGCAGCAGGGACAGGAUACGUUUUGACUGGAACGACGUCUUUCAGCGCGUGCUUUCCGAAGGUCUCACAAGCAUCAUGGUUGAAGGGGGCGGGCAGGUCAUCAACUCGUUACUGGAUCCAACAUGCCACCAUCUCGUUGACUCGGUCAUUGUGACAAUUGCGCCAACCUGGCUUGGAAAAGGAGGCGUCGUGGUCUCACCGGGCAGAGUGUGCGAUGCCGAGGGAACGCCCCAAGCGGCGGCUAGAUUGUCCAACGUGGCAUGGCACCCGCUGGGAGAAGACGUGGUGCUUUGCGGGACCCUAGCCCCUCGAUGA